AUGAGCAAAACCGAAGUCGCUCUAGUAUGUGCACUACAUACAUCCACAUGGGCAGUCCAAGCCAUCGCGCUAUUAACGAGAGUAUUUUGUCCUGCGCACAGCCCGGCCCGGUUACCGUGUACCCUGACCAUCGCCACUAUCAGUCCCCGCUUCAUAUGCAACGGUCGAAGAGAUUACGACAGCCCUUGCCCGUAUACGGAAAUAGGGGCCCAGGAGUUGGCAGGAAGGUGCGUUUGUGUAAUGUUAGAUAGAGAUUGUGCAGAGGAACAAGAUAAAGGGCGCAAUUUUCUCGGCCGAGCCGAGAGAGCAUAUUUCUCUGCGGCCGCAUCGGCGAUUCAGGCCCAGCUGUCUGUCUUGAGAUUUUUUUUUUUUUUGCUUGAAUUAUCGCGCAAGCUAAUUUAUCUCAACCACGUUAUUAUGCGCUGCUCUCAAUUCCAAAACGUCCUGCGCCGGCUAUACUUGCACCUUUUAUGUUUUUCGUUCGCGGUCUCGCCAAGCUUUCCCCUCCAACGUAUAUGUGGUGGUCAUGCCUCUGUUUUCUGA